AUGUCAAUAUAAUAAUAAGAAAACACAUACUAAUUUAAAAUCUUAUUAAUAGGUGAUAGUGGGGUAGGAAAAACAUGUUUAAUGACCAGAUAUGCUGAUGAUCGUUUUAAUAUAGAUAUGAAAUCAACUAUAGGAGUUGAAUAUAGCAAAAAAAUAGUAAAAGUUGAUAAUUCGACAAUCAACUUAUAAAUAUGGGAUACUGCAGGAUAAGAAAGAUUUAGAGCAAUGGCUCCCCAUUAUUAUAAAGGAGCUUUAGGUAUUUUAAUUGUUACUGAUGUUACAAAAAGGGAAAGCCUUGAAAACGUAGAAAAAGUAUGGUUAAAAGAAAUAAAUAAUAAUGCUAGUAAAUAGAUUAAGAAAAUUUUAAUUGGAAAUAAAAGCGAUUUAAAUGAUUAAAGAGCUUAAAGUUAAAACGAAGCAAUCGAAAUUGCAAAAUAAAAUGAUAUGGCUUACUUAGAAACUUCAGCUUUAGAUAGUUCUAAUGUAAAUGAAGCUUUUUAAUUAUUAGUUAAAGAAAUACUUAGUAAUAUUGAUGAUUUUCCAGAAGAAUUAAGACCAAGGAAUCUUACUAUUAGAAGAGAAUAAUCUUUUAUAAAAUAAAUUAAUAUUUAAGUUGAUAAUAACACAUAAAAAAAAUCUUUGUAAACCCAAAAUUAAGUUUAAAAUAAAAAAUAAGGUUGCUGUUGA